AUGUUCGACUUGACAUUUGGGUUCAAGGCCCUAGGAGCAUUAGUCGCUGUCAUUCUCGCCGACAAGCUCCUCCGCGCUAAGAUACGCUCAAAGUCACGCCUGCCUCUUCCUCCUGGUCCUCCUGGAAAUUGGCUAUUCGGAACUCCUCUGCCAAGAACUAAUCAAUCUCAGCAGUUUGCAGAAUGGAUCAAUACCUAUGGACCCAUCAUCUCGCUUCGGAUCGGGCCUAAGAUCAUGGUCAUCAUUGGCAGAUACCAGGAAUCUGUCGAUAUAAUGGAGAAAGAAGGUAGUCUACUAGCCGACCGUCCUCGUGCAGUUGCGGCAGGAGAGAUAUUGUCGCGCGGGCUGCAUUUGAUCCUUGCACCCGCAGGAGAGCAGUUCCACAGACUUCGCAGAGCGGCUCAUACUCACCUUCAAGCGAAAGCUGCAGAAUCCUAUGUGCCAAUCCAGAUGAAUGCUGCCCGUAAUGUCAUCCUCGAUAUCCUUAAUAACCCUAAAGGACACCAAGCAGCUGCGAAUCGUCGACCCCCCGAGAUCAUCGUCAUCCAGAAAAUGCUCAAGCGCUUCCAGAUGCUCAUGCGACCUGGUGCAUUACUGGUAGAGCGCUACCCGAUAUUAAAAUACGUUCCGGGAUAUGGAACCGAGUUGGAGCAGUGGAGAAGGGAAGAGAGUCAGCUCUUCCAUGACCAGCUUGAUCGUGUUUUGAGAGAAUUGGCGACCAGCAAAGCUGGUCCCUCGUUUGCUCGCUAUCUUCUUGAGAACCAGUCUUCGCACAAGCUCUCGGACGAAGAAAUGGCUUAUCUUGCUGGGUCGCUCUUUGGCGUCGGUUCGGACACGACUGCUGUUGCGAUUAUGGUUGUCGUCAUGGCUUCUGCAUGCUAUCCCAAGGCUCAGGAGAAAGUGCAAGAAGAACUGGACGUCGUCAUUAGUCGUGACAGAGCUCCCACAUUCGACGACUACAACUCCCUCCCGCAGAUUGAAGCGUUCAUGCUGGAGUGUCUUCGCUGGAGACCCAAAGGUGCUAUCGUCUUUGGCAACCACUGGGCAAUCUCCCGUGACCCAAGUGUCUACCCCAACCCUGACCAGUUCGAUCCUCAGAGGUGGCUCAACACCGACGGCAAAAUCCGGGACGACCUCAAGUUCCCUUCAUUCGGUUUUGGACGCAGAAUCUGCCCAGGACAACAUAUAGCAAACCGCUCGAUCUUCAUUAACGCUGCGCUCCUCUUGUGGUCUUUCAAGAUCACGCAGGACCCUGAGAACCCAAUUGAUGAGUCGGGUUUUGUGGAUGGUGUUAUUGUGCAUCCUAAGCCGUUUGCUGCGUGUUUUGAACCGAGGUUUGGGAAUGAGGCGGCAUUGAGGGGGGUGAUGGGGAAGUAUGGCGAGGGAUUGUAG